CGCAGAGGAGAUUUUCUCACUUUCAAGCAAAGCCAGCCCUUAGAGAGAGAGAGAAAUUGAAUUUCGAAUAACCAUGAUCUCAUCACCAUCGAAUUGGCCUUUUCGUAUACUUCGAUAUCCAAACAAAUUUUAAAGCUAGAAAGGAGAGAGAGAGAGAGAGGAAGACAGAGGAGAGAGAAGGAGCAGAGAGAGAGGAAGACAGAGGAGAGCGAAGGAGCGGAGAGGAGAGAGAAGGCAUUGCAGGUAUUGCAGUGCAUUGGGAGACUAAAAUCCCGAAGCUAGAGCUGAAAUAAUAAAAAAGGAGCCGUACUGAUUCGCUCUCUGACUGAAAAGGAUAGAAGAAAAUUUCGUCAUUUUCAUGUUAUUUGUUUCUGAUUCUCUUUGUUUCCUUCUCCUCAGUCGUCUUCUUCAAACGUAGAGAUGGUUUAAAGGAGUAGAAAUGCAGAACUUCAUAGAAGCCUUGACCAACUCCACAAUAGGUGAUGAAGGUAGCCGUAACCAAUCUCGGUUUUCGGGUCUUGGGGAGCUUGAACAGUCUACUGGAUUCCAUCAUGAAGAUGCCGUUAAUUUAAGCCCAGGCUCGUUUUUCGGUUUGAAGUCGAAUAGCGUCUCUGUUGUUACUAAUUUACAGUUUGGCGGCUUAAACACGAGCGUUAGUUCGUCGGACAUAACUUCUGCGACGGGAGUUGAUACAGGGCAAUACUCGUUCCAGAAGGAAACAAUGCCCGUUGCUGCUUCGUUUGGGAAUGUGCAUUUUGAGAACUGGGGGGACUCUGGAAUGGUUGACAACAGUCAGCAGGCGGAUACGUCUACAGAUGUCGACAUAGAUGAUAAAAACCAGUUUCAAGGUGUUCAGUCAGGAGCACUUAUAUCUGUGGAUUCUGCAGACAGAUCAAAGGCAAAAACUGGAGAUCAGAAGACACUUCGUAGGCUGGCUCAGAAUCGUGAAGCUGCAAGGAAGAGUCGUUUAAGGAAGAAAGUAUAUGUUCAGAAGCUGGAGAAUAGCCGGUUGAAACUCAUUCAACUAGAGCAAGAGCUUCAGCGAGCACGACAACAGGGUAUUUUUAUUGCAAAUGGAUACUCAGGAGACCAAAGCCAUUCAGUGAUUGGAAAUGGGCCUUUAGCGUUUGAUAUGGAAUAUGCAUGGUGGCUUGAUGAGCAUCAAAGGCAUAUCAAUGACUUGAGAGUGGCUGUAAAUUCUCAUGUCGGUGAUAAUGAGCUGUGCCUUCUUGUUGACAAUGUAAUGUCACAUUAUGAUGAAAUAUUCAGGCUAAAAAGUAUAGGUGCAAAGUCUGAUGUAUUCCACAUGCUCUCAGGCACGUGGAAGACACCUGCUGAGAGGUGUUUCAUGUGGUUGGGGGGCUUCCGUUCAUCUGAACUUCUCAAGAUUCUUGGAAACCAUCUCGAACCAUUAACUGAUCAACAGUUAAUGGGUAUAUGUAAUCUGCAGCAUUCCUCACAACAGGCUGAGGAUGCCUUGUUUCAAGGGAUGGAAGCUUUGCAACAAUCUCUUGCAGAUACCCUAUCUUCUGGUGCUCUUGGACCUUCUGGUUCUGGAAAUGUUGCUGAUUACAUGGGUCAGAUGGCACUUGCAAUGGGCAAACUUGGGACACUUGAGAACUUCCUUCACCAGGCUGACCUCUUGCGGCAGCAAACUCUGCAACAAAUGCAUCGCAUAUUGACCACUCAUCAAGCAGCCCGUGCCCUGCUUGUUAUCAGUGAUUAUCUUUCACGGCUGCGGGCACUAAGUUCUUUAUGGCUGGCACGCCCUAGGGACUAAUAGGGACCUCUUUACCCUCUGUCUUGGAUGUAGUAAGGUCAGAGAAGGAAUUAGUUUGAAAUAUGAUGUGUACAAAGAAUGCCUGGAAAAUUUUGAUGCUGUAAUAUUAAACAAAUGUAGCUGGAGCAGCCAAUUUUCAGAUUCUGCAUUGAAAUUUGAAACAGGCUUUAGUCAGGAUUUUUCAGUUUGUAUUGUAGAUUGCUUAACAUAUGAUGUUGUAUCAUACUCCCUUUUCUGAAGCUGCUGGUAUCCAUCAUA